UACCGGUGACGGAAGCGCUGAGGAGGAAGCACUGGAGUUUGUUUAUUCCCUACGUCGUCUGGCAGCCAUGGCGGACUGUGUUGUGGCCGACGCAGACGCAGCCGUGAAGAUGACGGAGGACGCCCUGGCCUACCUACCCGACGAGAAGCUGGACGGAGACAUGGCUCCCCUCCAGCUGGGGGAGCUGGACCUCACCACGGACGAGUUCAUCCUGGACGAGGUGGACAUUCACAUCCAGGCCAACCUGGAGGACGACCUGGUGAAGGAGGCGCUGAGGACGGGGGUGGAUCUGAGGCACUACUCCAAGCAGGUGGAGACGGAGCUGCAGAGGAUAGAGCAGGCGUCCAUCAAAGACUACAUCAAGGAGAGCCAGAACAUCGCUCUGCUGCACAACCAGAUCACCGCCUGCGACUCCAUCCUGGAGAGGAUGGAGGGCAUGCUGAGCGGCUUCCAGAGCGACCUGUCGUCCAUCAGCAGUGAGAUCCAGACGCUGCAGCAGCAGUCCGUCAGCAUGAACGUGCGUCUGAAGAACCGGCAGGCGGUCCGCAGCCACCUCAGCCAGCUGGUGGACGAGCUGGUGGUGCCCGCCGCCAUGAUCUCCACGGUGCUGGACAGCCCGGUCACAGACCAGGAGUUCCUGGAGCAGCUCCAUGAGCUCAACAACAAGAUCAACUUCACCAAGGAGCUGAGCUUCAGAGAGACGCUGGCCUGCAACGACAUCCAGGACAUAGUGGACCGGCUGAAGAUCAAGGCUGUGUCUAAGAUCCGAGAGUUCAUCCUCCAGAAGAUCUACUCCUUCAGGAAGCCCAUGACCAACUACCAGAUCCCCCAGAACACCCUGCUCAAGUACAGAUUCUUCUACCAGUUCCUGCUGGCCAAUGAGAGGACGGUUGCCAAGGAGAUCAGAGACGAGUAUGUGGACACCAUGAGCAAGAUCUACUACAGCUACUUCAAGUCCUACAGCGGAAGGCUGCUCAAAGUGCAGUAUGAGGAAGUAGCAGACAAAGACGACCUGAUGGGUGUGGAGGACACCGCAAAGAAAGGUUUCUUCUCCAAGCCGUCUCUGAAGAGCAGGAACACCAUCUUCACGCUGGGCCAGCGGGGGGCGCUGCUGAGCCCCGCUGAGCUGGAGGGGCCCAUCCUCAUCCCCCACACCGCCCAGAGGGGGGACAGCCGGUACCCCUAUGAGUCCCUGUUCCGGAGCCAGCACUACGCCCUGCUGGACAACGGCUGCCGCGAGUUCCUCUUCAUCUCAGACUUCUUCAUGGUCACGGGGAACUCAGGCCUGGACCUCUUCAACAGCAUCAUGGGGAAGACCCUCAGCAUGCUGCUGAAGAGCAUGAGCAGCUACGUGGCGGACUGCUUCGACAGCAUCGCCGUGUUCCUCUGCAUCCACAUCCUCCUCCGCUACCGAGCCAUCACCACCAAGAGGGGGCUGCCCGCGCUGGACAGGUACUGGUGUCUCGUACUGGUAACGGUGGGGGCGUGUCUCCAGGUACUGGGAGGCGGUGCUGGAGCUGCUGUGGCCGCGCUUCGAGUUGAUCCUGGAGAUGAACAUCCACAGCAUCAGGAACACGGACCCUCAGAAACUAGGACUGCUGGACACCAGACCCCACUACAUCACCCGUCGCUAUGCAGAGUUCUCCUCUGCCAUUGUCAGCAUCAACCAGACCUUCCCCAACGAACGCACACACACCCUGCUGGCCCAGCUGCAGGUGGAGGUGGAGAACUUUGUGCUGAAGAUGGCGGCGGAGUUUCCCUCCAGGAGAGACCAGCUCAUCUUCCUCAUCAACAACUACGACAUGAUGCUCAGCGUCCUCAUGUGUGUGUGUGUGUGUGUCCCCAGGAGAGGGCAGCAGACGACAGUAAGGAGGUGGAAGGCUUCCAGCAGCUGCUGCUGGCCAGGACUCAGGAGUUCAUCGAGGAGCUGCUGUCUCCUCCCUUCGGGGGGAUGAUCUCCUUCGUGAAGGAGGCGGAGGUGCUGAUGGAGAGAGGGCAGCUGGAGCGGCUGAAGAACGACGAAGCUCGUAUCAACCAGCUGGUGCGGGGGUUCUCCAGCUCCUGGAAGCACUCUGUGGAGGCCAUGAGCCAGGAGGUCAUGAGGUCGUUCACCAACUUCAAGAACGGCACCAGCAUCAUCCAGGGCGCUCUGACCCAGCUGAUCCAGUACUACCAUGGCUUCCAUAAGGUCCUCAACCAGCCGGCCUUCCGGAGCCUUGGGGCGCGCUCGGAGCUCAUCAACCUCCACCACCUCAUGGUGGAGGUGAAGAAACACAAGCCCAACUUCUAGCACACACACACACACACAGCCCAACU